AGUCUGUUAACUACAUAUAUAUAUAUAUAUACAAGAAAUGGAGAAAACUUGAAUCACUUCCCCAGCACCAAAUAAAAGCACUCUUCCACAGUCAUCACCUUAAAUUGGAGCAAAAACCAUAGGCAUGGCACUUUCCAGAAUGCUAUUAUUUCUUUGUAUCCUUAUCAUACUCUUACCUCAACCCAAAGCGCAGCCAAACUUUCUAUACUCCUUCUGUAUAGAUGACAAUGGCAAUUACACUGCAAAUAGUCCCUACGGCAGAAACCUUAACACCCUUUUGUCCAACCUUUCUUCCAACAAAAACAUUAAUUAUGGAUUCUACAACUUCUCUUAUGGCGAAGACAACGACAGAGUCAACGCGAUAGGGCUAUGCAGAGGAGAUGUGAAGCAAAAUGAUUGCCUUAGCUGCCUCAAUGAUUCAAGAGUCCUACUCACAAGACUCUGUCCAAAUCAAAAGGAAGCAAUUGGUUGGUAUGACAAGUGCAUGCUUCGCUACUCAAACCAAUCAUCAAUAUUUAACAGAAUGGAAACUUAUCCUAGUUUCUCCAUGAGGAACAGUGGAAAUGCAACAGAUGUUGAUGAGUUCAACAAAGUGUUGGAUACCCUUCUAAAUGAUCUAAUAGGCAAGGCUGCAUCUGGGAACUCGGAGCGAAAAUUUGCUGCAUCAAGUUCGAAAGGACCAGGCUUCCAAACAGUCUAUGGUCUAGUGCAGUGUACGCCUGAUUUGUCUCAGCAAGACUGCUAUGCUUGUUUGAUUCAGGCUAUCACAGAAAUCCCCCAGUGUUGUGAUAGCAAGAAAGGUGGUAGAAUUUUGGAACCUAGCUGUAACUUCAGGUAUGAGAUAUACCCCUUCUAUGACCUUGCAAAUGUUACACCUCCACCAGCACCAGCGCCAGAUUCUGCUACUCAUCCCUCAUCUACUGAUACGGAUUUAACACAAGGAAAGAGCAGCAACACAUCACGAAAUUUAGUAAUAGCAAUAGUUGUGCCAAGUACUGCUUUGGUUAUAUUGAUCAUCCUUAUUUGCAUCUAUUUAAGAAGGAGGAGGAUGCGAUCGCCAACACAAGUUGAAGCACGCACUGAUCUCAACAUAUCGCCAGUUAAAGCUGAAGACAGUGAUGAAUUUAGAUCAUCUGAGACAUUGCAGUUGGACUUUGCCACCAUCAUGGCCGCUACCAACAACUUUUCUGAUGAGAAUAAGCUAGGACAAGGUGGAUUUGGACCUGUUUACAAGGGAAGGCUCUCCAAUGGGCAGGAGGUUGCAGUCAAAAGAUUGUCCAUAAAUUCUUUGCAGGGAGAUUUAGAGUUUAAGAAUGAAGUGAUGUUAGUGGCCAAGCUUCAGCACCGAAACUUGGUUAGGAUACUUGGCUGUUGUUUGGAAAGAAGAGAAAGGUUACUGAUUUAUGAAUAUGUUCCCAAUAAAAGCCUUGAUUUCUUCAUAUUUGACCAAAUCAAACGCGCACAAUUGGAUUGGAAAAGGAGGUACAAAAUCAUAGGAGGCAUUGCUCGAGGUUUACUUUACCUUCACGAGGAUUCCCGUUUGAGAAUCAUUCAUCGUGAUCUCAAAGCAAGCAACAUUCUUUUAGAUACAGAAAUGAACCCAAAAAUAUCAGAUUUCGGCUUAGCAAGACUAUUUGCCGUGGAUCAAACUCAAGGCAAAACAAGUAGAAUCGUUGGAACUUAUGGAUACAUGGCGCCUGAAUAUGCAUUUCGUGGACAAUUUUCAACAAAGUCCGACGUAUAUAGUUUUGGUGUACUAGUUCUAGAGAUUAUAAUCGGCCAGAAGAACAGUAGUGUUCGUCGAGGGGAGAAUGCAGAGGACAUAGUGAGCUUUGCAUGGAGAAGCUGGAGAGAAGGGACAGCAUCAAACAUUGUUGAUCCAACAAUUACUGAUGGAUCAAGAAAUGAAAUAAUGAGAUGUAUCCACAUUGGCUUGCUUUGUGUUCAGGAAAAUGUAGCUGACAGACCAACCAUGGCUUCAGUUAUAAUCAUGCUUAACAGCCACUCUGUUACUCUUCCAUUGCCUUCACAACCUGGUCUCUUGAUUCAUAAUAAUAGAAGUUUAUCAGACAUCCAUUCAGAAGAGUACAACUCGGAGACAAGAGGUUCAACUGAAUCAGGUAACCAAUCUGUGAAAGCAUCGGAGAAUGAAGCUUCCAUUACCGAGCCAUUUCCUCGCUAGACGUGAAACUUGUUUUGGAUUGUACUGAGAAUAAACUUGAUCAAGAUUCUCUUGUUCAAUACUUGUAGUCAUUCAGUUAAGUUGUAUAAAGAAGAUUAAAGAGAAGAGUAUGAAAAAGAAGGUUGAAAACGAA